ACAGAAGACAUUCUAUUGACACUACACGGGCAACACCUUCUUCUAAUUAUGUUCUGUGUGAGAGGAUUUCAUCACCAGGGUUCCUGCUCCUUGUGCAUGUGUAUAUAAAUAUCUGCUCCCACAGACACAUGGACACACACUGGAGCUAAACGUGCUGGAAUACUUGAAGGACAGACCGGCUGUGGAACAGGUCAAGAACCCCUGUUUGCCAUGAAGACAACAGGAGUCUUUGUGCUCCUCGCUCUGGCAGUUCUUUGCUUGGCAAAUGCUGACAAAGAGAAUGAAGUGGACUGCAGUGAAUACAGGAGGUUAGAGAGAGGAAAACCCAUUUACUGUGAAAGACUCUAUCAACCCUUCUGUGGCUCUGAUGGAAAAACAUAUAACAACAAAUGUUCUUUCUGCAAAGCAGUCCUGUAAGUACAGCUCUACCUAAUUACUCCUGAAUUAGCCAAAAUCUGAGGUUAGCUGAAUUAUCUGGGAUUUCCAUUCCACCUAAGUGCUAUCAUUUUUUUUUCAGGGUCGCUAGUUUUCUGUUCCUUUGCUUAAUCUUUACAGAUUAAUUGCCUCUCCUGCCUAUAAGGUCCAACUGGUCUAAACAAAUGACUUUGAUAUUUGUGUGAGCAACUUCCUAUUGUAGCAGAAACUGUAGAAGCUGGACAGUAAGGAGAAGACUCCAAUGAGCAACACAGGCCAAACAUGGUACCUAGACCUAGCUUGGGUCAUAUAAUUCACAAGUGGUACUGGAAAUACCUUGCUUUUUAUGGAUAAAAUAUAUAAUUUUCAAAGGAAAGGUGUUUACAGAUCAAUGCCCUCACAUCUGCUACAAAUGUUUAUGGUGUCUUCUCUGUUAGCAAGUUGUUAGCAAAGGGCUUUGGAGAGAUUUCAGUGCAUGACGUUGAGCUUUCUAUCUGCAAUAUUGAUGUUCUUCCCUUCCUUUACAGGAGAAGUAGAGGUGCCUUACGUGUGAAGCAAGUAGGGGUCUGCUGAAGGAGCUCUGCAUGACAGAAGAGUGCUGAGAACAGCUUCACACUGCCCUACCACAGUCUCUUAAUUGGAUUUCAUUCAUCCUGCCUGUGCUGACGGUGGCAAACAAAGCAUAAAAUCUGUUUUUCACCUGUGUUCUCUCAUUUGCUGCUUUGCUCCACUCCAAAGUGCUGGGAUUGACACUUCUGUCCUCCCUGAAAUGCACUUGCUUGGGAUUCUCAGGAGCAUUCCUGUUCCUGUAGGAGGAAAGUUGGUUUUACAUGAGCCCUUCAUUAUACAUUGGUCUACAAAGUUAAAGUUCAAAUCUUCUGACAAUGCCACCUGAUCUGAGUGGACACAAGUCAGUGCAGGCAUGGCUUCUCUUCCCCUUGUUGAUAAAGUGUUUUCUUCCACUUAUCCAGAAAUUUUAGCAGAUACCUUUUUCCAAAGGUUUCAGCUUACUUAGGUAGUGCUUUGACUCUUCCAGUUUUGAAGCUAAAUUUUAAAUGCUUAUUUUUCCUUUAUCUGUGUGCGAUUCUGAUUCAUUUAUGUUGUUUAGCGUGUUUAUUAAAAUAAACAUUAACUCUUUUGCUUUUGUCCAUGGUGAACUUCCUAGAGAAUAAGUUUAUUGCAUCCAUUAGAAACAAGUAUUUCCCAAGUUACAGAAAACUAUUGUGGAGCAGGGACUAAGUCCAGAGGUAAAAAAAUCUAAGACUGGAAGACAAAAGUUGUAUUCCACUAGAUGGCCUCAUGUUACUGAAAUUUACCAUUCAAUCUGCCUCUUUUUUUUUCCUUUAAAUGAAUCAAAUCUGGUACACUGUAAGAUUGUAUAGGCUUCAGAGCAGUAUCUUUGUUAAAUCCUGUCAUUUAAAUGUGAUCAUUAAUGAUUCCUUUCACUUCUGAUAAGUUGGUGGCUUUUAGACCUAAAGAAAUUUCUGUUCUGCCUUACAUCCUUAUUUUCUUCAUUAUUAAGCCAGUUUGUGUCUUUUACAGUUGAAUAGUUGGUCAUGGGAAUCCAUUUUCCCAGAAUUAAAAUGAUGAAUGACUGACUUCACUGGGCUUACACAGGAGGAAAAUUUUGGAACUGCUGGACACAGAAUUCUGUGUCAUGAAUUCUGUUUAUAUGGAAACCAGGU